GGGCGAAAGGUCAUCUGGAUUUACCGGUUUGUUUGCUGACUUGGAUUGCUUUACGCACAGGCCUUUCGCACUUUGUUGGUAUUGUGUUGGACUUAUUCAGUGGAAAAUUGACCUAACCUUAUUCAGAAACUAAAGAUGACUUCUGAUAUUAGAGUUCUUGUAACUGGCGCAGCGGGCCAGAUUGCUUAUUCGCUGCUUCACUCUAUUGCGAAAGGUGAUGUAUUUGGCAAAGAUCAGCCCAUUACUCUUGUUAUGCUGGAUAUUGAACCCAUGAAAGUGGUAUUGGAAGGUGUUGUUAUGGAGCUACAAGAUUGUGCACUUCCGCUGCUCAGAACGGUUAUAGCGACUACCAAAUAUAACGAGGCGUUUGAUGCUAUUGACGUGGCUAUUCUUGUUGGUGCUAUGCCGAGACGAGAAGGUAUGGAAAGAAAGGACUUGUUGAAGGCAAACGCAAAGAUAUUUGAAGGUCAAGGAAAAGCAUUAGAAGCAUAUGCUAAAAAGUCUGUCAAAGUUCUUGUUGUCGGAAAUCCAGCAAAUACCAACUGCUUGAUUGCUUCGAAAUGUGCACCUUCUAUCCCGAAGAAAAAUUUUUCUUGUCUCACAAGAUUAGAUCAAAACCGUGCCCAGGCACAGAUUGCAUCUCGUGUUGGGGUAUCAUGUGAUUCUGUCUGUAAUGUCAUUAUUUGGGGAAAUCAUUCUUCGACUCAAUAUCCUGAUGUCCGCCAUGCAAAAAUUCGCACAAGUGAUGGAAAGGUAUUACCUGUUCCUCAAGUCGUAAAUGAUGAUGCCUGGCUCAAUGGAGCAUUCAUAGAAACAGUACAGAAGCGUGGUGCUGCAGUCAUUGCAGCAAGAAAAUUGUCCAGUGCUAUGUCAGCAGCUAAGGCGAUAUGUGAUCAUGUUCGAGACUGGUGGUUCGGCAACUCUGUUCCUUCCUCAUGUGGAGACUCAGGUCCAUUCUGGACUUCAAUGGGAGUUUAUUCUGAUGGAACAAAAUAUGGAAUUCCAGAAGGCAUCAUUUACAGUUUUCCGGUGGUGAUUAAGGGUGGGGAAUGGCAGAUUGUCGAAGGUCUUAGCAUUGAUGACAGAUCUCGUACCUUAAUGGAUAAAACAGCAGAAGAACUUGUCGGGGAAAGAGAAGAGGCGUCCAAGCAUCUUGGCUCAUCUUGACUUGCUGCAGAGUCCCGAUUGUAAUGAUGUCAUUCGUCAAUGUGGAACUUCUUACAAAUUUGUAGGAGUACCACUAAUUUUAUGGCAUUGCUAGGGAUAAUAAUUAUGGUAAAUUGUGUAGUCUGUCAUAUUAUCAAAAGUGUGAUUAUCAUAUUUUCUAAUUUCUAGUUAAAUAAUGUUCUAGUCCAAUUUCCCUAGUAUUUGUUUGCUUGCAUGAAUAACAAUUGAGAUUGUCAUACACUAUAUAUCUGUUACAAAGUUCCACUCGUUUUAUCUUAUAGAUUUUAGGAAGAAACAAGAAAGAAUAACAAUCUUGUUCAUUUGCAUCUAUAAAAAAUAUUGAUAGUGAUUUUAUAAUUUGUAGUAAUCUAUAUGUGUGCAAACAAGCGUUUGUUGUCGGGACUCUGGGAUUAUAGUUUAUUUAUGCGUAUUUUAAUUUGGGUUUAAUUUCGAUAUGAUUUUUUGCAACAAAUCUUACCUUUUAUAAUAUAUAAUUAGAAAAUAUUUUGAUUUUUUUGAUAAUAGGCUUGAUUUCAAUAUGAUUGAUCUCUUGCAACAGAUGUUCCAUUUCAUGAUGAAUAAAAUUGUUACGCAUUACAUUGAAAA